AUGCGAGUUGAAAGUGCAUUAUUACAAGCACAUGCAUCGCACUUUUCCAAUGAGCCUUCAGUUAUUCGUUUCGAUCUAGAUGAUAGUAUCAAACAUAAGUAUCGUAUUCAAGGAAAGCCUGUACAAAUUCUGGGUAGCAUUGAAAUUAUAGAAGCAUAUUUUGGUACUAUAGUAAAUGUGCUACUUGAAAUCGUAUUGCGCGGACUUCCUGCUGAAUGGAAAUAUGCUGGCUGGGGAACAGUUCAUCAAAUUCAAGGACAAACAAUUGAAGCUCCAGAACGUUGCUUUAUUGUAGACCAUAGUUUGAGAGGUUGGAUUAAUAACGCUGUAUAUACAGCUUGCAGUCGUGUACGAUAUAUGAAUCAAUUAAUUCGCGUUAUACCGCCAAAUGAUAUACUCGAAUAUAUUGAGCUGACUGAGUUUCAAGUAACUCCUUGUCCACAAAUCAUUGAAGCGAAAUUAAGACGUUACAAGCCACUUAUGAUAGUUGAGGACUGGGAGGUAGACAAUAAAUCAGAUUUAAUGGAAGAUUCUACAGUAUGUGUUAAACCCCUCUUUCUAGCAGAAAACGAUGAGGAAAAUGCCAUUCCUUCACUCACAGUAAAGGAUGUUAUAGAAAUUGCAACUCGGCAAGAUAAAUGUUGUAAAGUAUGUCGUGUUCCACUUCUAUUCCAAGGCUAUCCCAAACGCCAUCCACAGUCAUUUUCAGUUAAUCGGCUUGAUGAUGCUGAAGGACAUUAUCGCCAAAU